AUGAACACCGCCAACACCUCCCAAGACGAUGCCGACACCAGUCCCGGAACACGAAAACGACGCACCUUGCGUGCUUGUGAUGACGGUCAGCAACAGCAGCAGCAGCAGUCAUGGAAUGCUGGGGCUUCAAACACGGAGGAAGGCCAAGAGCCCCCGAGAAGCAAGCGCCGGCAAAGCACACCUUCCCCCGACGGACAGCCGCGUAGCCGGGCGCAGCAGCGUCUUCCUUUGCUUGGCCUUCCGCCCCCACUCGUCGACCAGCUUCUCGCCGUCUAUUUCACGCAUGUUCACACCGGCUGCGGCGACAAGAAUCUGGCGUUCACGUAUGCCGGACGAGCUUGCUGCAUGGCUCUCAGCAUGGGCCUCAACUUGGCACCCGCCCAGCCCGAGUCCCCCGUGGAGGCAGAGACUCGAUCAAGGGUUUAUACGUUGGCCGAGGAGACGGGGCGCUCGAUCCUCCUCCCCUACCGCCGGAGCUCGACACCCCUGCCGUCCAUGACAGAGGCGGACGAGUUUGAGCUGUGGCCCCCGAUCCCGUCCUCGUCUCAACCUCUUCCGGAAAGUGUACAGCACUUGACCCCAAGAAGGGGCUAUGUCAUGAGCUGCUUCGUGUGGACUUGCUAUCUUGGCAUGGUAGUCGAGGGGAUCCUGGAGCUCGACGUUCCUGGGCCACCCAGGCCCCGGCCGAGUGAAACACCUUGGUUCAACCAAUGGUCGGCGGAGAAGCUCGAAGAGGAGCGCAAGCAAGUGGUCACGACCGCAGCACGGAUAGCCCGAGAGCUGGAGUCCUGGCGCAAUGCACUGCCGCCGUACCUCGAGGUCGAUCUGCAGGCUAGCCCGAUGCCGCAUCUGACUAUCAGCUUAGCCGUGAGUUACGCUGCUAGUGAAAGAACUGACGGUCAGUGGUACGAGACCGCACAGAUCCUGUUGUACUCGCACUUCAUCAGAAGCGGGCCGUUGCCCGAAGUGCUUACGCCCGAUGCGUCGGCCGAGCACGAGCUCAUCUCGAAAGCGCACAGCACGUGCACCGCCGCAGCGGAGAAGUGCGCAGACUUCAUUUCGCACCUGGAUAAGCACAGACUGCUCUCAGUGACGAGUGCGGAUAUCAUCCACAUUCUCGGCCUGGUGACACUGUACGAGGCAUUCGAUGCCUCGGACCCUGACGAGGAGCUGGCGCACAGGGCGAAACUGACGUUUGCGCAAUGCUGCAUCUGGCUACGCGACUGCAGCAGUGCGUGGCCGGCGGCAUCGGCGCACAAGGUCUUCUUCGAGGGCCUGAUCCAGGGCGGAAUCAAGCUGAGCUCGACGAUUCAUGAAACGGAGAGCUCGCCGCAGCCGCUCGACGCGGGUCUGCGAGGGCUGGGCAACAAGCUCCGCUCCCCGCGGGCGGACUUUGACACGACGCUGCCGCCGCUGGGGCGCAGCAGCCUGUUCCAACUGCCGCAGUUCUACUGGAACCAGCUGUCGAAUGCGAUCCCCGGGCAGAGCACGGCCACAUUCUCCGCUGAGGGCAACGUGCUCGGUAUUGCGCAGAGCCCCGACAUGCCCUUCAUUCCGCCGGCCCUGUCGCCCGAGUCGCAGAACCAGCAGACGGACAUGUCGCCGUACCAGCGGCAGAACGACUCUGCUCCGCAGCAAGAGUGGCACAAGCAGCAACAGCAACAGACGCAGCCGCAGCAGCCACCCCAGACUCAACCGCAGCAGAACCAGCAACAGCCGCUUCAGCAGCAGCCCCAGCAUCAUCACCACGGCCACCACCACCAUCAGCAACAUCACCAACCGCAUCAGCAGCAGCAGCAGCAAACCAACCCGGCGCAGAACGCGAUGCAGCCAAACCAGUUCUUCGACAUGGUGAACUUCAACCAGUCGUGGAACAGUGGAGGUAUGGACGCGAACCUGGGUGCGUCGAUGGACAACAGUGCUGUCUACUCGGCGCUCAUGAACUUUAUGGUCGAGGCGGCGCGGUCCCGUUAG